AUGGCGACCAUCGCAGAAUCCCAUUUCCCCUUUCUUCUCGCCACGUUCUUCCCCCACUCACUGCUUGUUCUACCCAUACUCUUCUUCCUGCUUUCCCUCUUCCUAAUCCGCAACCGCAGGCCGACUCUCCACCUUCCCCCAGGCCCAAAACCCUGGCCCAUCCUCGGCAACAUCCUCCACGUCGGAUCCAUGCCCCACGUAGCUUUCGCCCGACUCUCCCAAGCCCACGGCCCACUAAUCUCCCUCCGCCUCGGCACCCAGACCGUCGUGGUUGGCUCAUCACCGGAAGCAGCCAGCGAGAUCCUCAAAACCCACGACCGCGACCUCUCCGGUCGAAGCGUCCCCCACGUGUCAUUCGCUCGCGACCCCGAGCUGAACCACGACUCCAUCGCAUGGUCCACCCAAUGCACGGACCACUGGCGGUCCCUCCGCUCGAUGGUUCGAGCCGAACUGUUCUCUUCCAAGGCAAUCGAACAGCAGUCGGACUUAAGGGAGAAACACGCUCGGGAGAUGGCUCAGUUUCUGAACCGGAGGCGAGGGGAAGCGGUCCGGAUCCGCGACGUGGCGUUCGCCUACGCUUUCAACUCCCUGGCCAGCACUUACGUGUCCAGGGAUCUGAUCCAGCUGGAAGGUGGGGACAGCGAGCGGACGAGCGGGAUCAUUAGGGACAUGAUGGAGCUUUACGCAGCUCCGAAUAUCUCGGACCUAUAUCCCUCAUUGAGCCGGCUCGACCUCCUAGGUCUGAGGAAGCGUACGGAAGUGUGCGUGGUGAAGCUGAGGGAGCUGUGGGACCCACUCAUCUCCCAGCGGAGGGAACUAAGGACAAGUGAUCAUCGUGACGAUAACGGCGGCCGCCGCCGCCAUGGCCGUGACUUUCUGGAUGCGUUGCUCGACAUAGGAUUCUCCGACGAGGCGAUCAGUUACACCUUUUUGGAACUGUUAGCGGCGGUAUCAGAUUCAACGAGCGCGUCCAUGGAAUGGGCGAUGGCGGAACUUCUCAAGAACCCUGAUACAAUGAUGGAAGCUCGCCGGGAGUUCGACGGAAAGUUCCCCGAAGGCCACGUCAUCAAAGAAUCGGACCUCGCCGACCUGCCUUACCUCUGCGCAUGCGUGAAGGAGACCCUACGACUCCACCCUCCGGCGCCGCUGCUGCUACCACGUCGGGCGGCCAAGGACUGCCACGUCAUGGGCUACACCGUACCUCAGGGCGCCCACGUGUACGUCAACGUGUGGGCGAUUGGGAGGGACCCUCGUUACUGGGAAGACGCAUCGAGUUUCAAGCCGGAGAGGUUCAUGGCUGGCGGGCGUGAGCGUGACGUGGAUUUCAAGGGUAGCCACUUCGAGUUCCUGCCGUUUGGGAGCGGGAGGAGGAUUUGUUCCGGGCUGCCCAUGGCUGUAAGGGAAAUCCAGCUGGCGGUGGCUACUUUGGUCUACGGGUUUGAGUGGUCGCUGCCGGAGGGAACGGCGGCGGGGGAUUUGGAGAUGGAAGAGAGGUAUGGCGUCACGCUGAAGAAACUGAACCCACUAGUCGUCUUCCCAACUCCAAGGGUUUAA